UGCUGACGGUGGUGGUUUACUCAGUUAAAUCGUUUCGUUAUUUUGCACGUAUACCAGUACCGCGCCUCCCCGCUGCUUAGUAUACUAAUAUAUCUACUUCUCUACCUGUUUUGACGUUGGUUUCACAGUAUAUUAAAUGCAAAAAAACCAGUGGUUUCGUAUUUUUGUUUUUUUAAGUAAAUCUACUCUCUAGAUCUUCUAUUAAAUUUCGGAUCGAAGAAUUGGCCUACUGAGAGAAUACCUUCCUCUAUUAAAAAUAACAAAAAAAAAAAAAUAUUUAUACUAUUUGUCAUAUGCAUAAAACACGCUGACACAGUUGAUAGAGGGUCGGAGUGUGUGGUGCAUACAAAAAUAUAAUGUGACUUUUUACAAAUUCAAAACCAAAGUGGAACACACAAAACAAAUUCAUCAAAAAAUAGUUUACAUUUAAAUCGUCAAACUGAAGCAACUCUCGAAAGCAACGGUGCUGUUGAAAAUAGAAAAAAUGGACAGCAUCGUGGAAGAAAACGGAAACAAUUCAAAUAACAUAGAAACCCUAUCAGAUGUGAGUAUAUCGCAAGCAUCAUCUAACACACCUAAUUCCACAACGACGACAACCGUUCUAACGACCGGAUCGAACGUUGUUCAAUUUAUGCCAACACACAAUAUCCAGCCCCAAUCUGUAAUACAGGCAAAUCAGUCAUCGGUAAUACAAACAGCGGCUGCGAAUAUUCAACCAGUGACAAUGUCCAAAGGCGGUGUCCUCUAUGUAGGUAAACCGAACACGGUGAUUCACACAGCCUCGGGCAAUACAGUUCAGAUCAAGCAUGAACCGAACACACAAAUUAUGGAUUCAAAUAGCGAGGAGAGUCUUACUGAUGACGACUCACCCAGAAGACAAAGAGAAUUCACAAGGAGACCUUCAUACCACAAAAUCUUAAAUGAUAUCAGUGGUCCAGACAUUGCAGCUGGAACGACUUUGCAAAUACAAGAAAGCGGCGGAAUACCCACAAUCGCAUCGACUGGCGGUACGACCGGUACACUAAUCCAAUUGACCCAGGAAACAGCACCAGCAUUUUAUUUACCUAGUAGGAUCAAUAAAAUCAAUACCAAUAACUCAGUCCUAGCCGAAGAUCAAACCCGAAAACGAGAAAUUCGGUUGCAAAAGAACCGCGAAGCAGCUCGAGAAUGUCGGCGUAAAAAAAAGGAGUACAUUAAGUGCCUGGAAAAUCGGGUGGCGGUGCUAGAGAACCAAAACAAAGCCCUUAUCGAAGAAUUGAAAUCCCUUAAGGAAUUGUACUGUCAGACGAAGAAUGAGUAAAGCUGUAAACCUGAUUAAGAAAAUUAUUUAAAUUUAGUUGUAAAAAAAAAAACAUAAAUAUUAAACAGACAAGAAAAUAUAUAUAAAUUUAUAUAUUUGCAAAAAAGAGAACGUAAUAAAGUGUAUUUAGUUUUUGUUCAAUAUUGUUCGAUUUAUUUCAUUAUAUUCAUUAAAAUAAUAUUGUUUAAUAUGAUUAUGUACAUUUUCUCAAUUUUGAAGCUUAUAAUAUUGUAUAAUUAUAUUUUUUACUGAAAGCGAAAUCUAUUUUUAAGUUUUCUUUAAAAAAAAAACAACACAAACAAAAACAAAAAAAAAAAGAACUAGAAGUGUUUUAAGUCAUCAGCAGAUUAGAAUUGUUUUAAAGGAUGGAUUCCAAUACCAACGAGUAUGCUAUAAUAUUUGCAUUUUCGAUAGUUUCUUCUUAUUUUAAAAUUGUUUUAAAGUUAUUUCGAUUAAUAAAUUUAGUUGAAAAUAUUACAAA